GGCCAGGCUGGUAUGUAAGCAAGGUAUCCUUCUACCGACUAGCCAGUCUUCGAGGUGUGCUGUGAGCUUAUGUGCAGGAUGACAGUCUACCUGUUGAUCUCUCUCCUUUUAGUGACAGCUUAUGCCCAACAGCGGGAUAACCCUCCUCCUGCUAGAGAAGGACAGCCAGCGCCUGUAUCAUCGAGAGAAACGUUUCACUGCCCCAAAGCAUUUGGCUUCUUUCCACACGACAGGAGUUGCGACAAAUAUUGGGCAUGUGAAAAUGCAACAGCAACCAUAAAACUGUGUGGGAACGGUUUGGUCUUCGACGAUGCCGAUUCAUCGCGAGAAAACUGCGCGUAUCCAUUCAGCGUUAACUGCGGUUCUAGAACCGAUUUAGAACCACCUAUAAGUACGCCCCACUGUCCUCGUUUAUAUGGCAUCUUUCCGGAUAACAAAAAAUGCCAAAUUUUCUAUUCGUGUUGGAACGGAGAAGCCUCCAAAUACGAAUGUCCUCCAGGUUUAGCUUAUGAUUCGGAUCAGAGAGUAUGCGUUUGGGCCGAUCACGUGGAAAGAUGCGGAGAACUUGAAGUCGCAGAAGGUUUUGUAUGCCCAGAUCCGUCUGAAAUCGAUCAGCCGGGACAUUACACUCGUCACGCUCAUCCUACCGAUUGCAGAAAGUUCUACGUGUGUAUCGAAUCUGUGGCUAGACCCUAUGGUUGCAGCGUGGGUACAGUUUUCAAUGUUGAUACUUUGCAAUGCGAUGAUCCAGAGAACGUUCCGGGAUGCGAGAAAUAUUACGGAGACGUGGAUGUUAAAGGACUAAAGAAGUUGGGAAGUUAGAGAGUAGAAAUUAAUCUGAAUAAAUGUUACCAUCACUCACGCUGCGCAACUAAAAAAUCAUCAUCAUUUAAGCAAAAACCAUUUUGGAAUAUUUUUUUUAAUCAUUUAUUCUGUUUUAACGACGGGAUUACCCGUUUGAAAAAUUAUUUUACACAUCAUCUAACAAAUGCGCGAAGUUUUUAAGUUUUUAUCCCCCGAUCUGAAUCUUGCAAUUUUAUAUAGUUCAAUAAUCUUUUUACAAAUAUUCUGACCUUAAUAGGGCCAGUUAUUGCAGGUCGUUGUACCUUAAGAGAGGAUAGUCUGG